AUGUCGCUCAAUGGGUUAGAUGGUCCCGCUGUCAUCGAUGCCUAUCAAACCGCCUUGUCGGAGGCAGGAGGAUGGCUCCUGCUCCAAUAUGCGUCCAGAGAUGAGGUCACCUUGCUAGGCCGAGGGACCGGCGGCGUGCCGGAUGUACGAGCGACAGUGGAAGGUUAUGAAGAGAAACAGCCAUUGUACGGGUUUUUACAAUAUCGCAGGAGGAAAAUAGUGCUCAAAUAUGUUCCUGAAGGAAUGUCUCGGCUAGUCCAAGCGCGAACAACGGUCCAGUUCCAGUCGAUCCUUGACAAGUUCUCACCACAAGACACUACGUUUGAAUUCAAAGCGCCAGGUGAUCUCACCGAAAGUGCCCUGUCGUCAGCUUGUCUAUUACAUGCAGUAUCCGGGUCAAUAACGUCGUCUUCGAGUUCUCUGCGCCGCCGACGGUUGAUGGAAAUCGCCGAAGAUGCCGAGGAAGGGCCUCCACCGCCCAGAAGCGCGCGGUCUGGGGCGCCUCAAUCGCCAGAUGAUACCAAUGAUAAAAGGCUCAGUCAAGCGUCGGAUGCGACAGCAGUCCCGCCAAAGGCGAAGGAUGACGAAUCGCCAAAUAUCCCUCCUGCCCCUGAAAGUGAAGUAGAUGCUCGAUCGGAGACAGCGUCCGUUCGAUCCGUUUCGCGUAGAAGAUUUCUCGACCAGUUUCAUCAAGAUUCGUUCGAACGCAGGAGUUCCACUCAGUCGAUGCGGCCCUCGCUCCAAGAGCUACACUAUGCGGCUCCCUAUCGCCAAAAAAUGAAGACGGAACACCGUCCGUCGGCAGAUAUCAACGGUCGCCCACGCACCGCUGGAUCGAUGUCGCGCGGCCAGGAGCAUCGUCCCACCGCAGCUUUACCUGCCGGUGUUCGCUUGCGAAAACCUCCUGGUAAUCUCAAUAGACCGAAAUCCACACCAGACGUACCCCCUGUGCCCACUUUGGCUUCUCUCAGAAAUGCGCCUCCAGUACCCCUACUAAUCCCUCCACCUACCCUAUCAAUUGGGAAACCCAAGCUUUCACCAGGUGCAAAGUCCAUGAAUGCGCUUCCUUCAUCCGGGAUGUCUCCCGAGAAACAACGGUUGAUGAAAGCCCUUGAACUACGCAAAAAGCACAUGGAAAAGAAAACGCAAGAAUUGCAGAAGAAACAAGCGCAGAACAUUGCUGCGGCAGCUGAACCUGCGAUCAGCGAACCUGUCGAAGAUAAAGAGAAUAUCGAGCACUCGUCAACAAAGAACACCAUACACGACCCGAUACCGCCUGAGGCUAAACAAACAACAGCUACGGAAUCACCUGCCGUCAUUACGAGCGGAAGUGAAGAUAAGAAACCUUUAUCGGCGGAUAUUGCGAAGGCCGACUCUGCGGUGGAAAUGGUCACCUUGGCAUCGAAGGAUACGAAGCCUUCCGUUUCCAGUAUUGAGGUGGAAGAUGAGGCCGACAGCAACGCAGAGGAUACUCGCGAUAAGCAAGGGGAUGAGCAAGACCUACAGCCUGAGCUACCUUUACUGCAAGGCGAUGCCAAGGAGGAUACGUCGGAAACUACAGAUGUUGAAGAAGCUGCACAAAAUUCCGAAGAAGAAACAAUGACUCCGCGGACAACUGAUUCCGACAAUACUAUCAAAGUACCUGGUGCUCCGGAUGCCGAGGAAGAGGGAGCCAAAAUUACAGAUGAAACGGGGCUUAUAGCAGAGGACCCAGUGAUCGAUACCACGGUACCAGAGACUACUACAGUGGAGACACCAGAGACCAGCAAACGAUCAGAAACACCAGUAGUUGCCGGCCACGAGGACGAUCAAUUCGAAUUGAUUACUAUAGUCGCUUCAGUGAGCGACCUGAGACCAGAACCUCAAGAAAUGCAAUCUCCCGCGCCGACUGAAGAAAUUAAAGAACCUGAGAACUUACCGGUUGUGACGGCGGAAGAUAUCCCUUUACCGCUAGACUCUGGGGACGACUUAGAGGACCAAGUUCCCACUAAGGUCGCGCUAGAGACGGUCUCCACCCUUCAGGAACAACCCCUCCCGCAACCCGAGCAAGCAGAAAUCGAAAAGUCGGAGAAACAGAAGCGAAUCGCUCUGUUGGAGCCAAUUCAUGUCCCUACGCCUGACUUCUCAGACGAUGAGAAUUUAUUAUCAGACGAUUCAUUGAUGGAGGAGUUGAAAUCCGCCACUGUGCAAGAGGCCCAGCCCGUCUCCGUGGGCAAGGGCCCCUUAUCGCCCGAUGGAGAACCACGGACACCGCUCGAAGCCUGGCAGACACGCGCCGUUUCCAAUCCAAGUCGACAUCCCAGCGAUUUCAACCCCCUAUCUGCAGAAACUCGAUCGAUAUCGGCGACGUUCGUGGACAAUAACAAUCAGUCGGCAAGACCGGUGCCGGUGAUGGUAGCCAAAAAGGUCAAUGUGUCCUCUGGUAUCUCCAAGCGUAUAAAAGCGCUGGAGAUGUUCUCAAACAACUCAGCUCCUCCAGGAAGCCUUGCACCUCCAGGUAAUGUCGCUUCACCGACGGCAUCGUCGGCCUUUGAAAAAUUCCGCAAGCGGGCAUCUGUGUCCUUGAAUGGUAAUCUCCCUUCAACGACUCCUAGUGUCAGGACAUCUUUCAUUUCUGUCGCCGAGCCCCCAUCCCUGAGCCGAAGUGACUCAAGGCCACUCCCCAAAACGAAUUCGGUUUCCGUCACUGCACGUAUUGUUCGAGAUCCCAGUACUCCUCCGACCGAGCCGAGUGUCAGUGCUCUAGACACAAACAUCCUUGGCCUUCAACGCAGCCCUUUAAUUGUGCGACAUGACUCUUUCGAUACACAAGCGUCGGAACAUGUGCUAUCGGAUAGUGCGACCGAGCUUCGAAGUAACAACUUCUCGCGGCCAGGAACCGAUACCACCGUUUCUCGUUCCGAGAGUAGGGCUUCUUUACGGUCGCAGGUUGAGGAUUGGAGUAACAGAAAUGGGUCGGCAGUAGAUUUGGGGACAAACUCUGAAGACAAGAAAGAUUCCCACAAACAACGGUUACCAUCGCCGCAUGCAGAGGAAGCAGUUCGAUCUGCACCGGUACCCGCCAUUGACAUUGGCGAAGUCAAUGUCCAAUUCCCAGACACAUUACUCUGGAAGCGACGAUUUCUGCGAAUAGACGACCAAGGAUAUUUAAUCUUGACACCAGGCAGUACGGAUACUGGCGCCCGCAACAUUGUGAAACGGUAUCACCUCUCAGAGUUCAAGAUGCCGUGCCUGCCCGAUGAAGAAAGACAAGAGCUCCCAAACAGUAUCUUGCUUGAUUUCCGUGACGGCAGUACAUUACAAUGUGCUUGUGAAUCCCGGAAAGGGCAGGUUGCCGCACUACAGACUCUCGUCGACGCGCACAAGGCCUAUCAACAAUAA